AUGGCGUGCGGGACUAAAUACGCAUAUGUCGAUAACAAUGUAGUUGAAUACGAGGAUGCUUAUGCUCAUCCAAUUUCUUUGCCAUAUCCGUAUCAAGAACCGAAAUUUAUGAAAGUAGAACAUCAUCCAUCUAACGUUGAAACUAUUUAUGAUUUACGGAAUGCUGUGGUACCUGAUGUAGAGACGCAAGAGAUUAGCUUAUCUCCAUUCAGUUCUAUAUGUUCUGUAGUAACGUCGAUGAUCGGAUGCAUUAAAAGAGCAAUAAUGUACAUAAUCACUUCAAUUCCAACACUUAUCUUCUCUUUCUUCGGAAUUUGCAAUAUGACGUCACUGUGCGAACAUUUCAAUCUAAAUUCUUUGUUCAAUGUAUCGGAAUUGAGUUCCUUUGUUACUCCCGAGAGGCUGAAAAGAGCGACUGAGUUCGUGGAAGCAGCGAUUAAGAAAUACAAGUCUUUA